AAUCACAUACACGUCUCACUAGCUUCCCCUCAAUCAAAGCUCUCGCAAUGACGCCCUCGUGCAAGCUCGUCCUCCUCCUCCUUGCCAUGGCAUUGACGGUCUCCAUCGUGCACGGUUGCGGCGGAUACAACUGCCAGACCCCACCGCCGUCACCACCACCUCCGUCAUGCCCGCCGCCCCCACCGCCGCCGUCACCGCCACCACCAUCAACCAGCGGUGGCUCGUGCCCGGAUCUGGGCGUGUGCUUGAGCCUGCUGAGCGUGCCGAUUGUCAGCCUCGGCGUGUCGCCGUAUGAACCGUGCUGCCAGCUGCUGGGCGAGUUGGCCGGCCUGGACGCUGCCGCGUGCCUCUGUGACGUGGUCGUCCUCCACGGGCUGAUCCACGUCGACGUCGUCGCCCUCCUCAACCAGUGCAAGAUUCCAUGCGAAUCAAACCACACCUGCCGGCGCUGAUCGAUCAUCUGUGCUCUUUGCAAGUUUGCGUUCCAGUUCAUCUUAUAUCUCAGUCUCGUGCAUGUUUCAUGCUAGAUUUUCCUGCAGGCAUGCAUGCAUGCAACAGUGUUCACUAGGUAAUCGUAUAAGUGUGCGGUGUUGUGUGGUUAAAAUUAAUACUGUCCCAGCCAUGCAUAUAUAUGUGCAUGCAUAUGUACGUGGAAUAAAAGUAUGUUGAAGUUGUCUAACAAUGUGGUUGUAUC